CCAACACCGGCCGGCCGACACUGCAGCGCGCAUCUCAUCCUCUUCAUCUUUACUUUCAGAGCAGGACUUUGUAGGCGACUUUUCUCCCCAGAAUGUUUUGGACGCCGAUUCAGUGAAGGUUUGAGAUUCAAAGAGCGCACAGUUGGUCUCUGCGCCUGAAGUGAUGCCGGUGGAAACAGUUGGACAAUGAUCGCAAUCAGCGGUGGGAUUUAUCUUGUAUCUGUUCAGCCUGACAAGAAAAACUGAGGAAUCUGGAAGAGAACCCCUCCCGAGGCAACAGAGUUUAAGUGGGUUUAUGUCUUGGGUUCAAUCCUUGUAUUAAUUCAAGCUCUUAGGUUCAGAUUUCGGAGUGCAUUUUCGUUAAGAAGUCCAGCCCUCCUCGGACACUGUAGGUUAGGGUCAGGGUUAGUAAAGGUUGGGAAGGGCACCCAGCUGUGAGCACUAGUGUUUAAAUGUUCGGGAUUCAGGAGCACCUGAUUCGAGAAAUUGGCGGAUUAAAAGACCGAAGCCUCGCGGAGGAGAUGGACCCGAUGCGCUCCUGGGUCAGGAACGUCGGGGUCGUGGACGCCAACGCAGCGGCGCAAAGUGGUGUGGCGUUGUCCAGAGCCCACUUCGAGAAGCAGCCUCCCUCCAACCUGCGCAAGUCCAACUUCUUCCACUUCGUGCUGGCGCUGUACGACCGCCACGGGCAGCCGGUGGAGGUGGAGCGCACCGCCUUCGUAGACUUCGUGGAGCACGAAAAGGAGCAGAGUGGUGAAAAGACAAACAACGGAACACACUACAAGCUGCAGCUCCUCUACAGCAACGGCGUCCGGACGGAGCAGGACCUUUACGCCCGUCUCAUCGACUCCGUCACCAAACAGCCCAUCACCUACGAAGGUCAGAACAAAAACCCGGAGAUGUGCAGAGUUCUGCUGACACACGAGGUGAUGUGCAGUCGCUGUUGCGAGAAAAAAAGUUGUGGAAACCGCAACGAGACGCCUUCUGACCCCGUGAUCAUCGACAGGUUCUUCCUCAAGUUCUUCCUCAAGUGUAACCAGAAUUGUCUGAAGACGGCGGGGAACCCGAGGGACAUGAGGAGAUUUCAGGUGGUCUUGUCCAGCACGGUGACGGUAGACGGCCACAUCCUGGCCGUGUCCGACAACAUGUUCGUCCACAACAACUCCAAACAUGGCCGCCGCGCCCGGCGCCUGGAGCCUGGCGAGUCGGUGGAGAACGCCAUGGAAUACGCGACGCCCUGCAUCAAGGCCAUCAGCCCCAGUGAGGGCUGGACCAACGGGGGAGCCAUGGUCAUCGUGAUCGGGGAGAACUUCUUCGACGGCCUCCAGGUGGUGUUCGGCAGCAUGUUGGUGUGGAGCGAGUUGAUAACGCCUCACGCCAUCCGAGUGCAGACGCCUCCGCGCCACAUCCCCGGCGUGGUGGAAGUAACGCUGUCCUACAAAUCCAAACAGUUCUGCAAAGGCGCCCCGGGCCGCUUCAUCUACACAGCCCUGAACGAGCCGACCAUAGACUACGGCUUCCAGCGCCUGCAGAAGGUCAUCCCGCGUCACCCCGGGGACCCCGACAAACUAGCCAAGGAGAUGCUGCUGAAGAGGGCGGCGGACCUGGUGGAAGCUCUCUAUGGAAACCCUCAUAGCAACCAGGACAUGCUGCUGAAGCGCGCGGCGGACAUUGCGGAGGCGUUGUACAGCGUGCCGCGGCCCCACAGCCAGCUGCAGGCCCUGCCCAGCUCCCCGGCCCACGGCAGCGUCAUGGGCCUGGGGGCCUACCCUUCCCAGCUAGGGGUCAGCAUCGGGGAGCCCCUGCAGAGCAGCCAAGGGUACAUCCGUAACUCCAGCAGCCUGUCUCCUCGUGGCUACUCCACCGCCUCCACCCCUCAGCACUCCAGCUACGGCAGCGGGGGGAUGAGCGGGGGGUACGGCUCGGUCCCCAUGACAAGUCUGGGGGUCCCGGGGUCCCCUGGCUUCAGCAGCGCCUCCCCUACAGGCUCCCCCUACGUCAUGCCAUCCAGCCCGACCAUCACGGGGGGCUCCAGCUCCUCCUCGUCCCUCCUGCCCUUCUCCUCCUUCCCCUCCACCAAGCAGAAGAGUGCAUUCGCCCCCGUGCUGCGGCCCCAGGGGUCCCCCUCCCCGGCCUGCCCCGCCUCGGGGGUCAGCUUCAGGGGGAGCCACCCCUCGCACUACCUGACCCCCCUCUCCGAACUCACCAACGCCGUCUAGCCACU